AUGGUCGCUUCUGCAGUUCCAGUCGACAAGCACGAUUCUCACGGCAAGGAACACUCUACCACCACCACUGCUGCUCAUGUCCCAGCCGCAGCUGCCCCAGCCACUCCCUUGGUGCCCUCGGUUAAUGUAUGGAGUGCCCGUAAGGAGGCGAUGAAGCCUUCUGCUGAGGCGGAUGCCGAGAGGCGUGUUGAGUCCAUUAUCGAGAACAUCAAGGAGGUCACCCUCGCAGACGCAAAGGAAGACGGCAAAAAGUCGAAGAAGAACAACAAAAAGGGCCAACAGUCGAUCCCCGCCCUCGACGACACCAACGUCUGGCCAGACCCAAGUGCUUCGGCCGAGAGGGAGGCCAAGCCCGAGUCCGUCUCCGCAACUGCUCCCAUCAACAAGAAGGACAAGAGCAAGUGGACCCAGUACACCCCCAACAUCACCCAUGCAAACCCUACCCCCAGCAGUGGUGGUAAAGGACAUCAUCACCAUCACCAUCACCAUCACCAGGAUUCCAAUUCACACCAGAACAGCAACCCUCGUCGUCGCAAGAACUCGACUCCCGGUGAGGGCAAGGCAGACACCGCUGCUACCCCUGCUGCUGCUGCUCAUCCAAGCGGACCAGCUGCCCCUCAGGGACGUCGUGCCUCGGUCCCUGCCAUGUUUGAUGACGAGCCCUCCCAGAGCCAAGGCAAGAACACCCGCCAGUCCUCCAACCGUGGUCGUGGCGGCAAGUCCAACGGAGGACGUCAAAAUUACCGUGCAUCAGUCGGCAACGUCUCCCAGAUGUACCAGCAGCACGGUCUAAACAACGAUCCCGAGGCAUUAAAGUCAUUUAUCCUCCGUCAAAUGGAGUACUACUUUUCGGUCGAGAAUCUGUGCAAAGAUGUCUAUAUGCGCAAGCAGAUGGACGACGAGGGAUACGUCCCCCUAUCCUUGGUUGCCAACUUCAACCGUGUCAAGUACCUCACCACAGACCACGCUCUCAUCAAGGAUGUACUGAAGAUCAGUAAGGAGAUCGAAACAAAGGGAGACAAGAUCCGUCGUAGAGGCGAUUGGGCCACCUGGGUCUUCCCCAAGGAGGACGGCGCUGUCCCUUUCUCGACCCACCGCAGCUCAUAUAUCCCUCCACCCCGCUCACCUCACCCAGUCACCAUAUCAUCAUCCCUCCCUGUCAAGUCAGCGAUCCCUGCUCCUUCUUCGACCUCGACCACUGAGGACGACUGGCAUGUCAAGCAAUCUAAAUCCAAGAAACGUGGCUCGGUUUCUCAUCCUUCUCCGGCAAUCCAGCCUGAGCCAAAGUUCCUCGGUGACGAAGACGACGAGGUGUUCCAGUUUGACGACGACAACUUGGCAGGAGGCGCACGGGAGGGUACCAUCCAAAAGUACUAUGUCAGUGAUGACGAUGAUGAUGACGACGACGAAUUUGACGAUGACACCGUUGCCAAGAUCUUGAUUGUUACCCAAAAGAAACGCGACCGCUCCCACGGUUCCUAUGAGCGCAAGGCUAUGAACGACGACAUCAACGAUAUGAUCAACGAGGGUCUCUACCAUUACGAGCAUGACCUUCAGCGCAAGCGCAACAACAACAACAAUCGCAGCAGUCUUGUCCAGUCCAACAAGAAGGUCGAGAUGAUCUCUGAGGAGCAGUUUGCUGCCUUGACCGGCUCUCAUCCCCGUCGCGGCAGCUCCAGUCUGAGCUCUAGCUUGAACAAAAACAACAACCAAGUAGGCGGAGACAGCAACAGCCAGCGCCGAGGCAAGGGCAAGGACAAGAACCAGGCUCCUCGAUUCUACCCCUUGAAGGGAUCCCAGAGUGCCAAGGGAGGCAAACAGGAUUCCCGUCUACACUAUGCCCAGGCAGCCGUCGGAUGGGUCUUGGGCGACCAGGCCUUCUUGCAGUCGGACCUUCCUGCCGCUUCGGGCAGCUCUCCAGCUGGCAUGUCGAUGGGCUCACUUGCCGAAUCGUCUCUGCUGUCGACCUCCCUCGAAGCACCUCACUCCUUCCCAGCCUUCCAGCACCCUUCACACGAGCUCCUGCACGAGAACGGUUUCAUCCAGCACAAGUACUAUAAGUACCACUACAAGGCCCUGAAGGAGCGUAAGCGCCAGGGCAUUGGCCACUCGCAGGAGAUGAAUACCCUCUUCCGGUUCUGGUCCCACUUUCUGCGCGAUAACUACAACAAGAAGAUGUACACCGAGUUCAAGCGACUGGCGGUCGAGGACGCCAACGCCAACUACCGGUACGGUCUCGAGUGCCUGUUCCGGUUCUACUCAUAUGGCCUCGAGAAGAAGUUUCGCCAGGACCUGUUCUUGGACUUUGAGGCGUUGACGUAUGCAGAUUUCCAGAACGGACAGAUGUACGGACUAGAGAAGUUCUGGGCGUACUUGUUCUAUAGGAAGGAUAAGGCCCGUCGCAAGCUGGAUGUUAUGGCUGAACUGAAGCCGUUGCUGGAGCAGUACAAGACUAUUGAUGACUUCAAGAGUGCUCAUAGUAGCAACCCAAACCCACCCAGCAACCACUACGUCGUGCCCAACCACUAG